AGAGGAAGGAGGAGGAGGAGAAGGAGGAGGAGAGCGAGGGAAAAGUGAGAGGAAAGCGGGGUUUAAAGUCGCGGCUGCGCGAGGAUGUCGCUCCUCGCCGUUUCACUUUCACGCGCUUUGACCUGCAUAUGACGGAGGGGAGAAAACGGCGCGCGAGCUGCUGUGUUUUCGGCCUACCUGGCGCGCGAGGCUCUGACGUUUUUUAUUUUUUCCCUCCGAAAAUUCCACUCGCACUCGCGCGCGCACCUUAGCCUGCUCCAACGCGAGCCUCCCUGCCCGCCGUACGCGCAUGACUCGCGCGCGUGUGCUCGCGCGGCGCCCGUGACCGGAGGGGACGCCAGCUGGUCGUCCGUCUCUCCAUCCCUCCCUCCAUCUGUCCGUCCACGCCGUCAUGAUCCUCCUCCUCGUGCCGCGCCUGCUGCUCGCAUGGCUCGCGCUCCACAGGCUCGGCGGCGCGGCGGCGGAACAGCAGCGCGCUCCCUCCGCGCGCGAGCGCUUCAAGGUGGUCAUCGCGCCGCUCAUCUGCAAGCGCACGUGCCUCAACGGCCAGUGCCGGGACACCUGCGAGCAGGGCAACAACACGACCCUGAUCGGGGAAAACGGACAGUCCGCGGACACGCUCACCGGACACGGCUUCAGAGUCGUGGUGUGUCCUCUGACGUGUAUAAACGGAGGUGUGUGCAGUAAUCGUACACACUGUCUGUGUCCACCAGGCUUCACGGGGCGGCUCUGUCAGUUCCCCCUCCGUACACAGGCGUCCCGCGGCAACAAGCAGCCCGUCUACACGCUGCAGGUGAUGCCUGAUGGUCCAGGCCUGUCUGAGUCCAGUAUUCCAGGUGGGCGGCAGCAACUGACCAAAACACACUCAGUGUUCACUCUGCCGCUGGCGCAGGGCACCGGAUCCCACUCCUCUGACGUGCGGUUUGAAGUCAGUGUCCACCACACAGCAGACACCUCUGUGGUCAUCCAACCUCUUGAUCAGUCAGACAGCAAACCUCCAAAGACAGUGGCACGCCUCCCUCCACAGACGCACAAGCCGAGGGGGCGGUGCUUUCAGGAGACCACGCCCAAACAAGCUUGUAGCAGUAACCCUCUCCCUGGAUUGACCAAUCAGGAGGACUGCUGUGGCAGUGUGGGAAAUUCCUGGGGUCAGAACAAAUGUUACAAAUGCCCCAAACUUCCCUAUGCCGGAAAGCUGCAGACGAUAAUCGAGGAAUUUGGCUCCACAUGCCCUCAAGGUUACAAAAGACUAAACAGAACACACUGCCAAGACAUUAAUGAGUGUAUGAUGCAGGGUGUGUGUCAGAACGGUGAGUGUUUGAACACUCAGGGGAGUUUCCGCUGCACCUGCAAACCUGGAUACAUACUGACCGACAGAACACGCUGCAUGGCGUCCCAGGUGGAGCAGGGUCCUUGUUAUCGCAUGCUGACGCCGACGGGGCGCUGUGAACUCGCUCUGCUCACCAACUUGUCCCGAGAGAUCUGCUGCUGCACCGUAGGAAAAGCGUGGGGGAGGAGCUGUGAGAGGUGUCCACAGGAUGGCACCGCCUCCUUCAAUAAGAUCUGUCCUGCGGGGAAGGGCAUGUCUGUCCUGCAUUAUUACGGCACUCUGUCCAUCCAGCCCUUCCAGACGAGCAUAGAGCAGAGCCCAGUCCUUCCCAAAUCUGAGCAGCCGGAGCUCAGGCUGCCGGAAGUGCCCAUCCAGGUGACCACACCCAUGCAGCCUUCACCGGUCAGCACUCACGGCCCACAAGUACCAGUUGUGGUUCACAAGCCGACGACACAUCCCAUAAUCCGAGUGCCCCCGGAGCCCGACUCGCUGGAGGUGGCGCAGACGCAGGUCUCGCAGACGGACGAAUGCAGACUUAACAGGAACAUCUGUGGUCACGGCCAAUGUAUAAACACACAGACCGGGUUCAUGUGUCACUGUGAGGCUGGAUACCGCUCACACGCUCAGAGAAAGAGCUGUGUAGAUGAGAAUGAGUGUGAUUGGGAGCCGUGCGGUCAGGGCAGAGGAACCUGCAUCAACACGGUCGGCUCGUACCGCUGCAACUGUCACCCUGGCAACAAACUUGUGGUGCAUCAUGGGAAACGCCGCUGUGUGGAUAUAAACGAGUGCUCCAAACCGGAUGUCUGUGGUAUCGGAGGACACUGUGUGAACCUGCCAGGCUCGUACAAGUGUGAGUGUCUGCCAGGCUUCAGGAGCAAAUCACGCAGACAGCCUGUGUGUGAAGAUAUCAACGAGUGCUUGGACCCCAGUGCAUGUCGUGAUGGCCAGUGUGAGAAUGCAGUUGGGUCAUAUGACUGUAUUCCCUGCCAGCCUGGACAUCAGGCACAAGGAGGAGUGUGUUAUGAUGUGAAUGAGUGUCAGAAGAGAGGCGUGUGCAUGAAUGGCCGUUGUGAGAACCUGCCGGGGACGUACCGCUGUCUGUGUAACGAGGGUUUCCUGCCCGAGGCCGACAGCAAAGGCUGCAGAGAUAUUAACGAGUGCCAGGACAACCGUCUGUGUGCUAACGGCCACUGCAUAAACACAGAGGGCUCAUUCCAGUGCCAGUGUUACCCAGGAUACCAGCCCACCCAGGAGGGCAGCCACUGUGAGGAUAUAAAUGAAUGUGAGCGUGCAUCCAACUGCCAGAGGGGGCGCUGCAUCAACACCAUGGGCUCCUACCGCUGUGAGUGCCAGAAAGGAUACAUGCUUGUCAGCGGACGCAGAUGCCAAGACAUAGAUGAGUGUGAGGUGGAUAGGAGUUUGUGCCAGCCUCAUGGAGUGUGUGAGAACCAGCAGGGGGGUUAUGUGUGUGUGUGCAAUGAAGGCUUCAUUUUAUCUGAGGACAGACACAGCUGUGAGGAGAUGGAGAUGGAUGUGAACAAUAAGAAGGAGUGUUACCUCAAUCUGGAUGACACCGUCUUCUGUGACAGCGUCCUGGCCACUAACGUCACAAAGCAGGAAUGCUGCUGUUCAGUGGGGGUGGGCUGGGGGGAUCACUGUGAAAUUUACCCCUGUCCCGUCUACCACUCAGCGGAGUACCACUCUCUGUGUCCAGUGGGACGAGGCUUUUACCACGAGGACGGUCUGACGGAGUACGGCCUGCCCAUCCACAGAGACAUAGACGAGUGUGUGUUAUUCGCUAAUGAGAUCUGUAAGGAGGGACGCUGUAUGAACACACAGCCCGGAUUCGAAUGUUACUGUCAGCAGGGCUUCUACUACGACAGCAACCUUCUGGAAUGUAUAGAUGUGGAUGAGUGUCAUGACGAGUCUCUGUGCACUAACGGUCACUGUGUGAACACGCGUGGGUCCUUCUACUGCACCUGUAAUGCCCCCUGGACUCCUGACCCCACCAACAAGAAGUGUGUCUUCCCCACAGUCACAGGAAUCAAUGAAUGCCAGGACCCGUCUAACUGUAAGAAUGGACACUGUGUGGACACACAGGAGUCCUACUACUGUAUCUGCACUCCACCCUGGAUCCUGGCAACUGACCGUAACAGCUGCGUCACACCAGAGGAGCAGGCCGUAAUGUCUGUGGUGACCCUUUCAGAUGUGAAUGAGUGUCUGGACCCGACGUACUGCAGGAACGGGAGGUGUGUGAACACUCCCGGCUCCUUCCACUGCAUCUGCACUCAGCCGCUCACCUUCAGCGCGGCCCUCAAGCAGUGCGUCUAUGAUGAUCGUACAGCGGCGCAUAAGGACGUGUGUUUUGGGGAAGUGGACGAGGACCUGAUCUGCAGCAUGCCAAGGAACGAUCUCACAGUCACGUACUCUGAGUGCUGCUGCCAUUACGGCCGUGGCUGGGGCCCUGAGUGCCGCACUUGCCCACAGAGGAACUCGGUGAUAUUUAACAGGCUAUGUGAGAUGCACCUGGAGACCGAGUCAGAUGGAGAGGGAGAUUUCUUAGCAGCUUUCUCCAAUUACAACCCAGAGAGAGACAGUUCAGAGGAGGACUCUGAUGAGUGCAGCUGUGCUAACGGACGCUGUGUGCGCUCAUACCUGGGUACCAUGUGCGAGUGUAACCUCGGCUUCAGACUGGAUCAUUCAAGAACGCGCUGUGUAGAUAUAGACGAAUGUGUGGAGAGAGGCAUGCGGCUGAACCCGUGCAAGAACGCUCGGUGCACAAACACGAUGGGCUCAUUCAAGUGCACCUGCAAACUGGGAUUUGUGCCCACACGCAGACCCAACGUGUGCAGGCAGGCCAGGGCUUCAUAACACAACACACAUUCACAUCCAGCGCAAAGACGCAGUGCAGACAGACACACAGACAGUAGACAGGCACAAAAGCAAACACACACUCGUCCUCCUCCGCCCUCCUGCAGUUCUCUGUGGUCAGUUCAUUUCCUCUCGUCUUUAUUUGUUUUUGACUUUUUUUUUAAUUAAAUUCUGAAAUGUUGAUGAAAGUAUCGCCAACUGUUUAUAUUAAUAAUACAUUUUUGUUGUUGUUUUUGUUUUUUAUGUCUUAUGAUGCAUUUUCCCUCCCUUUUUGCACAAGUUUGAUCAUUAUGUCUCUGGAUGUGGGAAAAUCUAGUGCCUUUUUAUCUGACGCUCCUUGGGUACCAGUACUGAGAAACCAGUACAUUUUUCAUUCUCUUAAGAUUCCAUAAAAAGGGGGUCAAAAAGAUGCCACGUUGGGUUCUUUGAGCGCUGCCAUAAAAGGCUCAUUUCCUUCUCUACAGAACCAUGAAGAGACUCGUGAAGAACUUUUUAAUGGUUCCAAGAACCUUCACGUGAGGAACACGCACGGUUUUUCACAUUUAUCUCAUUUGCAGAUCGGUUCUCCAAAGAAUCUGUCGUUAAAUUGUUUCCUCUUUCUCUGUAAGCCUCAGCUCAGUUAAUCAUCGGGAGAGAAACCAAUUCAUUUGUACAUGAAUGUUUUCGGCUGUAAUUACAUGCUGCAUCGGUUGUUCAACACUGAGGGUUGAGAUUUUUAUUAAUGUAUACUGUAUAUGCUUCAGUUUGAGUAUAGGACCUCAGAGGUGCUUGUUAUCUUUGAUUGUACUAAGCCAUACCAUUCAACAAGAUACGUGCUAACAGUGGAAGCUUGGGGCCCCAUUUACUAGUGCAUUUAGACAAUGGAGAUUUUUUUGAUGUUUGUACUAAAUAAGUAAACCAGCGAGUGGUUGAGGUUUGCAGCUGAACUGUACUGAGCGAACAAUUGGAACUCAUUCAGGAUGCACUUGAGGAUCUCACUAGCUUCUUUGAUGGGAUUGCACAACCACCUGAUAUGAUUAUGCUCUCUGUUUUGGAGAGCAGCUCUCCUGGUGGUUAGAAUACAUGGAGAACACUGUUGAGCUGAGCAGUAACUUCGGGUUGACCUGUCAGCUCAAGACUGCUCUUAAAUUGGAGAAAUGUAUGUAGCUUUCCCGGUGUCCUAAAUGUAGUCAGUCAGCAAAGGCGCAUUGGUGUCUGGAGUUUGCUUAUUUAGACUUUCAUUGGAGCUACAAGGCCAAAUUAUGGACAAUAUAAAUUCAAGACAGCUACUAAUACUGUUUUAAUCUAGUUUACAGCACUAUCGCUACCCUAAGUAGGAUAUUUAGCCUCAUGACACAGUGCUAAUGUAGGCUACAGCUGACACUUAGAUGUUACUUAGAUGUCGCUUCUGUUAAGUGUAG